ACCAAAUACAGCAGCAGGUAAUACCACUGAACAACAUUUGUAUGUUGUUCACUUCUGCGAGGAAUUAGACUGCAAUUAAUCGUAACUCUCACAAAGGUAGUUUCCUAGAAUCUCAUUUAGAUGGUCACAACUCGUGGUUGCUGCUGAUUUGUCUUGGAUUUGAAUCGGUGUCUGACGUACUCAGUGUUGUUCUAUGUGUCGCCAUCAGUCCCUCUGAAUUGCAUCUCCUUUUAUAGAGGAAGAAUCAAAAAUAAAUGCAAUAUUGAUAUAUCAGUUAUACCUUUAUUGACAUUCUUCUUGAUGCUGUUUUUCAGGAUUGAAUGACUUGUAAAUUUACUUAUUUGGGGGCCGUCAGUGGUGUUUGACUGAAUAUUGCUGCCUCGUUCUGAAUGAUGUCAGAACAAGAUUUGGCAGAUGUGGUUCAGAUUGCUGUUGAAGACUUGAAUCCAGAUAACCCAGUUGUAUUGGAAAAUCAUGAAGUGACAGAUGAAGAUGUAGAGCCUGCUCUGAAACGUCAGCGAAUAGAAAUUAACUGCCAGGAUCCCUCUAUUAAGUCAUUCCUGUAUUCCAUUAACCAGACAAUAUGCCUGCGAUUGGAUAGCAUUGAGGCGAAGUUGCUGGCCCUGGAGGCUACCUGUAAAUCAUUGGAAGAGAAGUUGGACCUUGUCAUGAACAAACAGCAUAGCCCUAUCCAAGUCCCCAUGGUGGCAGGUUCUCCUCUUGGCGCCACACAGACAUGCAACAAAGUCCGAUGUGUUGUCCCCCAGACCACAGUAAUACUGAACAACGAUCGACAGAAUUCAAUCGUAGCCAAGAUGGUCGGGCAGGAAGAGCCGUUGAGCAGAGCUGCAGAUUCUCUGGAAAAUAUCCUUAGCAAUGCUGUUCCCGGCCGUAGACAGAACACCAUCGUGGUGAAAGUUCCAGGGCACGAUGACAGUCACAACGAGGAUGGUGAGAGCGGCUCUGAGGCCAGUGACUCAGUCUCCAACAGUGGACAGUUAGGAGGCCAAAGUAUUGGAAACAAUGUCACCCUUAUUACACUGAACUCUGAAGAGGAUUACCCCAAUGGGACAUGGCUCGGAGAUGAAAAUAAUCCUGAAAUGCGAGUCCGUUGCCCCAUCACUCCUGCUGAUAUGCUGCACAUCAGCACGAACUGCCGCACAGCCGAGAAGAUGGCGCUGACAUUGCUGGAUUAUCUUUUCCAUCGGGAAAUUCAAGCCAUCUCCAACCUUUCAGGACAGGGGAAGCAUGGGAAGAAGCAGCUUGAUCCUCUCAUGAUUUAUGGAAUUCGCUGUCACCUAUUUUAUAAAUUUGGAAUCACAGAAUCCGACUGGUAUCGAAUCAAGCAAAGCAUAGACUCCAAAUGCCGAACAGCUUGGAGGCGGAAGCAGCGAGGCCAGAGUCUUGCAGUGAAGAGCUUUUCAAGGCGAACGCCUUCAUCAUCAUCUUACAGUGGUUCAG